AUGGCGAGAGAAAAGGAUAAGAAAAACAGAGGUCAGGACCGAGGAGGAGGUCAAGGUCAGUCUCGCGACGUGCAGAUCUCCAAGGCACUGAGUCUUCUCCUGCGACAUGCCGCAGAGAAAGAAGGACUCAAAAUGAAUGCGCAGGGCUACGCCAAUGUGGCUGAUGUGCUACAAUGGCGGAAACUGAAAUCCAUCAAAUGCACCUUCGAUGAGAUCAAACAUGCCGUCGAUUCAUCUGAUAAGAAACGUUUUGCCCUUCUUCACAUCCCAUCCUCCCAACCCACCGAAUCAACGACAAAAGCCACUACCAUCCCAGAGUCGGACUCCGCCGAAGAUAGCGCGUCCGUUGACAACACAGCCGUGCUGGAAGCACCCGUCACAAGCGAACAACAAAGCGAUGCAACACAGCAAGCGCUUGCUGCCACAGAUUCUAAGCCAGCCAACUACCUGAUUCGCGCAUCCCAAGGUCAUAGUAUCAAAAGCGUGGACGCGGCCUCAUUCCUUGAGCCCCUUUCGCUGGAUGACGAAUCCAAGCUUCCGGAGACAGUGGUCCACGGAACUUUCCAUGGCGCAUGGCCACUUAUUCUGCAAUCGGGUGGACUACGUUGUAUGAACCGGAACCAUGUCCACUUUGCCACGGGCCCGUCACUUGAGUCGGCACUGGCGGCCCAACAAGAGAGCCAGGAGUCCAAGCAGGGGCCCGGAGAUAAAAAGGUCAUUUCGGGAAUGCGCUGGGAUGCGCAGGUCUUAAUCUACAUUGAUAUUCGGAAAGCACUUCAGGCCGGUUGCCCGUUCUGGCGCAGUGAGAAUGGGGUAAUUCUGAGCGAGGGCUUGCCGGUUUCCGAGGCUGGAGAUGGUGCAGCGGGGGCUGCGGAGAGGGUAGUCCCGGUUGAGUUCUUUGACGUUGUCAUUGAGCGGAAGGCGCAAAUGGGCAAGAUUUGGGAAAAGGGGCAGGUGUUGCAAGAGUUGCCUGCCAAAUUGACGAGUAAAGGAACUCCUAAGAAUAGACGAUGA